AUGAAUUCCUCUUUUUAUUCUUCUCCUUCAUUUGUUUUCAUCUCUUCUUUCUACCUGUCCAUCUACAGUAAUACAAAAAAUCCGUUUCUUUUCUCUCUUUAUUCUGUCUCUCUUUUUAUUUUGUCUUCUUUUGUCUCUCUUUUCCCCGUGUUUUUUGCCACUCUUUUUUUCCCGUGUUUUUUGCCACUCUUUUUUUCCCGUGUUUUUUGCCACUCUUUUUUUCCCUGUGUUUUUUGCCACUCUUUUUUUCCUGUUUUUUUGCCCUUUUUUUUUCCCGUGUUUUUUGCCACUCUUUUUUUUCCCCGUGUUUUUGCCACUUUUUUUUUUCCGUGUUUUUGUUUUUUGCUCUUUUUUUCCCCGUGUUUUUUGCCACUCUUUUUUUCCCGUGUUUUUUGCCACUCUUUUUUUCCCCGUGUUUUUUGCCACUCUUUUUUUCCCGUGUUUUUUGCCACUCUUUUUUUUCCCCUGUUCUUUUUCUCUCUUCCUGUUCUUUUUGUCUCUCCCUUUUUUUUUUCUGACCUUCUUUCAUCUCUUUUUUUUUUUGCCUGUGUGUUUUUUUUGUUUUUUCCUGCUAGCCAGUCUUUUUAUUUUUGUCUCUCUCAUCUCAUUUAUUUAAGAUUUUUUUCAGGCAAGUAA